AUGCCACCAAGAACAAAACCACCCAUCGAGAGGAAGCCGAAGGGUCAAUCCGGAAAAGGGAAAGAGGCGGCUCUACUUGAACCACAACCCGACCUUGUAGCUCAAUUUGGUGCACCAUUCACAAUUUACUCGAGGAAGAAGGUGUUGCAUUUAAAGAAGCUUGACGACGAUCAAGUCUUUUAUCUUACCAAGUACACUUAG